GGAGCUGUGGUUUUGUGGCCAAACAUAGGAAGUGCUACAGCUGCACCAUCUACAGGCGACUGUAGACUUGUUUUUGUUUGUUUAUUCAACAAUGAAAAGCCAAACUUCACACACAUCUAAAUUUCUAAAGUUUCGUGUGAAAUCAGGAGGUGAAAGAUGACCCCCUCCGUGCAGAGGACCGGGCGUGGGCUGAACCCAAAUCUCACUGGGCACAGAGCCACAGAGGAGGAGCUACAAAACAAAAAGGGUCCGAAAAGGAAAAGGCUGCUCAGCGACUGUGGACAGAACCAAAAUCACAGGCGCCGUAACAAUGAGCAUGUUGGCCGAAAUAGACAAGCUCAAAUUGCCUCGACCAGAGCUCUUCGAUUUCCAUGGAGUGCAAAUGAUUCACUACUUCACAGACAACUGGGAGGCUGUCCAAAACUUUCAGGCCAGGCCAGAUGAUAUACUUAUUGCUACUUACCCCAAAGCAGGAACCACAUGGGUGUCCUGCAUCCUGGACCUGCUCUACUUUGGUCAGACGUCUCCAGAGCGUCAGACGUCCAUUCCCAUCUAUGAACGAGUGCCUUUCCUGGAGAUGUUUUUCCCUCCUAUCCUUUCAGGAGCUGAUCAAUUAGAGAAGCUCCCCACGACUCCUCGACUCAUUAAGACUCAUUUUCCAGUCCAGUUUGUGCCGAAGUCCUUCUGGGAGCAGAACUGCAGGAUAAUCUAUGUGGCCCGGAAUCCCAAGGACAACAUGGUGUCCUACUUCCAUUUUGAUUGUAUGAACUGUGUUGAGCCGGAUCCUGGAGACUGGAAUAGCUUCUUCCAGAGAUUCAUGGAGGGAAAGAUGGUGUUUGGAUCCUGGUACGACCAUGUGAGUGGAUGGUGGAAGAAGAAACAGACAUAUUCAAACAUCCAUUACAUGUUCUUUGAAGACCUGGUGGAGGAUACUGGACGGGAAAUAGACAAACUCUGCAGUUUUCUCGGUUUGUCUCCUUCAGCAGAGGUGAAGCAGCAAAUUACAGGUGAAGUGCAGUUUGACAACAUGAAGAAGAACAGCAUGGCCAAUUAUUCUACAAUACCAGUCAUGAAUUUCAAAAUCUCCCCCUUCAUGAGAAAAGGGAAAGUUGGUGACUGGAAAGAACACUUGACUGUGGCUCAAAACGAAGAGUUUGAUAAAGACUUCAGGAACAAAAUGAAGGAGCCCACUCUGCAGUUUCGCACUGAAAUAUAAAGACCAGUCGGAGCGUUUACAUUUAGACUCAACGUGAAAAUCAAGUUAUUAUUUGAAUUAACUGCUAUAUAUAUAUUAUUAAACAUAUUUGUAUCUAAUCUAUAUUAAAGGUCCCUGCACAUGCAAAAUUCGA